AUGAGCACGAUGGCAAAGCGUUUGUACGUAUGGGGAUCAGGUGGAUCUGGACAGCUCGGAGUGGGAACAAAAGACGACUAUACGCUUCCUCAAUGUUGGAACAAUAAAGAAGUAUCCGUGCAAAUUGAGUCCAUCACGUCCGGUGGUUGCCAUAGUGCAGGAAUACAUCGCGAUGGACGACUUUUCCUGUGGGGAUCAGAUGAUCGAGGUCAGCUUGGACGCAUUGCAUCGGACCGAGGACAGAAUGUCGUGCAUGCACCCAGUCAGCACGUGGAAUGCCUUCCACACGACAGUAAAACAAGGCUAGUAGCUUGUGGGUGGUGGAAUACACUUGCUGUUGUCUCGUCGAUAUUCAACGACAAUCAAGGAGAUCGGGUCUUUUCGUGGGGUUCAAAUGAUCACCACCAAUUGGGCCGCAAGGAAAGCUCUGACAGGAAUCAAGCUUUAGACUCGGCACAAAUCGGGCAUUUGCCUUCACGCUUGCAAGUUGCGAGUAUUGCCUGUGGCUGGAAACAUUCACUUCUCGCCACUGCUGAGGGCGAUGUAUUUGCAUGGGGAAGUGGACGUCAUGGUCAGCUUGCACUAGGAACUGAUACUUUGGUGGCAUACAUCCCCCAACGCAUUCAUGCGUUAACGAACACAACUGUAUCCAAUGUUUUCUGUGGGUGGGAACACUCCGUCUUUCAGUCCUCUAAGGGAGAGGUAUUUACUUGCGGCAAUAAUCGGCACGGACAACUAGGCGUGCAGGAGGUCUCCGUUUCUGCCACCAUCAAGAACCCAAGUGAGAGACGAAAGCAGGUGAAUGCAUUACCCGUUCGGGUGCCAGCGCCAGGUAGCAGGAGUGAAGGUCUCCGCACGAUGCAAAUUAGCUGCGGUUGGCACUAUGUUUUGUGCCUUACCGAGAGUGAAGAACUGGUGGCUUGGGGCAAAGGCAGUCACGGACAGCUGGGUCUUGGACAAUUUGUAAACGCAAACAAGCCAACGAAAGUGGCGUUUUCUCACGCCAUCCGACAGAUUGCGUGCGGUAGUGAGCACUCAAUGGUGGUUACACGAAAUGGAGAUCUGUACACAUGUGGCUGGGGAGAACACGGCAAUCUCGGUCAUGGCGAUAAUACCAACCGUGCCACGUUGGACAAGGUAGCAUUCUUUGAGAACACAAACCAAGAGGUCAUCAGUGUUGUUGCCGGUGGGGCUGUCUCUCUUGCUGUUGCGAGUGCUAGACGUCCCUCCGAAUCAACUUCAGCCGACAAACCGCUUCGUUGUUGUUAA